GACGUUCUCACUCUUGCAGCACUAACUAAGCUGGUCAAUAGAGAGUGAUGGUGGGAGCACACGAAAGUACAUUGGUAGAAACAGGAAGCAGCGAGGAAAAGGCGAAAGUGUCAAAGGAUUAAGUGGUGCCGUAGAAGAACGCCGAGCCAUACCUUGAGUGCUGAAAUUCAUGGAAACUUUUCACAUUUGAAAGAUUACUUUUGGAGCUCACCAGUCAACUAAAAAAUGUCUGCAUUCAGCGCUGUUCCGUCCGUUUUUUUGACGCACGAAGCUCAAAAGUGGAGGACGGUGGGGGUUUCAGUCAACUAGCCUGCUAGUCAGCUAGGUUAGCUAGCUGGCAUUGGCGCGGUGUUAACAAGAUGAUCUCUGGUGUCGAUUGUAGUGAAAAUUAAUACAUGUGCCUUUUUGGGUUCCCACCGUAAUGUAAUGUGGCCAGAUUCAGUUCAUUUUGGUUCUCAAUUGGAAACAUUAAAUGCACUUUUUUCAUGGUGAGCAACACUGCUGUUAAACGCUAGCUGCCACUUAGCACGCUGUCUGCUGUGCUGUCAAGUCAGCUAACGUUGCUGCUGGACUAGUAUGGAGGGAGAGAUGCAUGUUAUCAUCAGAGUACGGUUACAUAACAAAUCGGGACUGUAUCGUUGUAUCCUCUCUGUUAAGCGCGGAGACUGUUGACAUCUUCAUUCAAAAAGAAGACAUUAUGGACAUUAUUUGACUCAUCCAGGAACUAGUUUAAAUAUUUUCGGAGAUGGAUUCGAACCCCCUAAUAAAUGCCAUGGACCCGUCCAUCACACUGUGGCAGUUCCUGCUGCACCUUCUGAAGGACCAGAGCCAACGCCAUCUCAUCUCCUGGACGUCUGCAGAUGGGGAGUUCAAGCUGCUGGAUGCAGAGGAGGUGGCUCGCCUCUGGGGGCUCCGCAAGAACAAGACCAACAUGAAUUACGACAAGCUCAGCCGCGCUCUCCGAUACUAUUAUGACAAGAACAUUAUCAAGAAGGUGAACGGACAGAAGUUUGUGUACAAGUUUGUCACGUACCCAGACCCCUCGGCAGCAGGGGAGGGGCUACCUGUCGGGGAGGAUGGGCAGCAGAGGGAGAAUGGCGACAUGGCAAACCAAUCCCAGCUUCCAGUGGGCGGGGCCUCUACCUGUCAAUCAACCGGUCUGCAGGCCCAGCGUUCUUCCCCCGGGGGCGGGCCGCGGAGCUCCAGGAACGACUACAUGAAGUCCGGCCUCUACUCGACCUUUACCAUCCAAUCACUGCAGGGGCCUUGCAAGAACUCCAAUCAAAGGCCAAUCAAAACUGAGCUGAUGCUAGCGCACGACCACACCCCCAAAGCUGCUGUCGCUGACAGCAUGAUGCUGAGAGAGGUGUGUGUGGUGGCGUCAGAAGCUCAGCCCUCUCUGCCAGGGUGUGGCAGUACUGAGUCCAGUUUGCAGGUGAUCGUCACCCAGCCCUCACCGUGUGCCACGCCCGCUCUCAGCCCACAAAUCCCCUCAGGCUCCGCCCCCAACAGCACGGUCCAGCCCCAGAAGCCCCAGGCUCUGAGUGACCCGCCCCAGAUCUACCUGAGCAGCGUGUCCGACCCCCUCACCCGCUUCCUCCCUCAGGGGCAGAUUGGGGAGGCGGGGGGGGAAUGUGUGGUGGGUAACCCCCCUACCCACUCGGUCUACAUGGUGAUCAAACCGUCCCUGAAGGAGGAGAGCAUGGUGCCACAGGGGCAACUUCUGGAGAUGGUCAUACAAGAAAAACACAGAGAAGAUGUUCCCAAGCCUGCAUGUGGACCAGGGGUACCGGACACACCCUUGCCUAUCGAUGUGCCCCCUCCCUGUGUGGAGCCGGGGGGGCAGCCGGGGGGUGAGGGUGAAGGCGAGGGCAAGGACCAGGCUACGCUGCCAGAGAACUCCCAGACCCCGUCCGUGGCCAUCUCCUCGCCCACCACCCCGCAGGACAGCCUCCCCCCCAAGGCCAAGAAGCCCAAGGUGCUGGAGCUGCCCUCCUGCCCCACCCUGCUGCCCCCGGGGCUGAGCCUGGACAAGGUCAACGCUGCCGUCAAAUCCCUGGUGGCGCCGGGCAGUGCCACCAACACCCUCACGCCCUCCGUCAUCACCUCACACUCCCUGACUCCAGUGUUGCUGACCCCAAGCCCCCUCCCCUCCACCAUCCACUUCUGGAGCACGCUCAGUCCCAUCGCCCCUCGCAGCCCGGCCAAGCUCUCCUUCCAGUUUCCCACCAACGGCAGCAACCAGAUCCACAUCCCAGCUCUGAGUGUAGACGGCUUGUCCACCCCUGUGGUCCUAUCGCCCGGCCCCCAGAAGCCCUGAGGACUAGCCGGCCCUGCUGUAGCUGCUUCUGGCCUGGUCUGAGGCCUGGUCUGAGGCCUGGUCUGAGGCUCAACUGGAUCUGUCCCUUGGCCAGCCUGCUUCUGGUCCCACUAUGACUGGGAGAGUCCUGCUGGAGACUUGUCUCCUCUGCUCGUCUUUCCUCUCCUACAAACUGGAAGCCCUCCAGACCCUCCCCCCAGACCCUCCCUCCAGACCCUCCAGACCCUCCCCCCAGACCCUCCCUCCAGACCCUCCCUCCAGACCCUCCAGACCCUCCCCCCAGACCCUCCCCCCAGACCCUCCCUCCAGACCUUCCUUCCUUCAGGGGUUGGGACAGAGGAUCAACAACUAAGCCCUGAUGAGGCUUAGUCCACUUCACGGUGUGGGAAGGAAUGGCAUGUGUGGGAUGACACCACAGUUUUCCCCUCGUGAGCCUAGGUCAUGGGUAGCUUGGAGAUGCUUAGGACCACCAGAGAGGGACGUUUUGUUUAUUUGUAUUUUUUUUAAACAUUUUUUUUUUUUUUACAAUUUUUGUGUUAUUUAUUUUUGUCUUGAUGGAUUUGGUAUUUUGGUGCAUCUCUCUGUCGUUGAAGAUUGCUAAUUUUGCCUGAAUUUGAACUUGAUAUGAAUAUAUCUUUGAUUCUCCCAAUGAAAAAAGCACUUGACUGUAUAAAUGGGAUAUGUCAUGAGAACACUCUCCAGUCAUACUAGACUGUCUGGCCAAGGGUUUUAUAUGAUGCAACUGAUUGCUUAUUUUCAUAUAUUCAAUAAAGCAGCAGCCAGUCACGGCAAAAGAAAAGUUGGACAACUGCACCGGCACUUAAGAUGUCACAGUUAGUUGAUGUCCUCCCUGCAUUGACUGUUCCAUCCAUAGGAAAGUGCUGUGUUGCUGACACAUCAGUCUUUAAAGGCUUCAAGUCUGAACUUUCUAUCUUUUAUAAUCAUGGAAUAGACCACGUUAAGAGCUAUGUUAAAAAGAAAAAAAAAAAAAAAUCUCGGCUGGAAUUAAACUUUGACCUUGGACAAGUCAAAGUAACUUUUUAACACAGCGGAAACUGUUAAAACAUGUUUUAAUGUUUCCGUUUAUAACUUCGUUUUUUUCACGGAAACUUGGAUCAACAUUCCAUAUUUUCAUGAAACAAAAUGUAUCCUGUAAUUUGAAAAAAUCUCUGCUCAUUCCAGGUUUUUCUUCUCUGCCUUUGUUGUCUUCUACUGCAGAAUGUUGUCCCUGUUUCAGGUGAUUUUUGGCCAAAGACCUGCUGUGGAGAUUGAAUCACACUAGGAUUUCAAUGGUGGUUUUGCUUUCAUUCACCCAAGGGCUAUAACAUUUAACAGUUUACCAAGCUACCCAACCCAGUCAGACGUCAUGUCCCCAGAGAUGGAUUCAAAUUGAUAGUCGUUUGUGGAUGGUGUAUGUAGUCAGAUUACGCUUAGAAGACAAAUCUCUGAUUGGGUUCAAACGUAUGCUAAUAACAGCCGUUCUUAGUGUUGAUUUGACAUGUUAACCACAGCUAGUCUUAACAUCACUAGUGGUCUAUCAAAGUCCUCAUUGAGAUCCUGUUAUGCUUUUGUAACAGCCUGAUAACCUGAAGUCCUGUUUAGUCCAGUUGCUUGCACCUGUUAAAUGCUGCUUUUUGUCUAUGCUUUGAUAUUUGUGACAGUACAAUAUCUGAAUAAUUGUAAUUGAUGAGCUGAAUCACCUCACACAAUCCUCUCUCUCACUUGUCAACUUCAAAAUAUGAAGAUUUUGAUUCCCCCCAAAAAAAUCUGAAUAUGGCUGCCUUAAAAAAAAAAAAAAAAACCUUUCCCUACUUUACCUUGCAGUCACAGUUGAACAACAGAGGUCAGAAGGUUUGUGUGUUUUGGGGACAUAAGUGUCCCCUAAAACGUGACGCACUAACUUGCUGUCCAUGCCUGCAUCCAAAUGUUGUAUAUGACUUGUGUAUCUGUGAGCAUGCUGUCUCACCAGCCAUAGCUUCUCACAAACAGGUGCUCACAGAUCCAAAGAUAUCAUUGGUGCCGCACGGUUGCCAGGCAACCAUACUAAUGAUGUCAUCAUCUCCCAAUCAGCACUGUUUUUAAUGGCAAACCCUCCACUUGAAUGUUUGGUUCUGCUGAGGAAAGGUGUGGGCAUAAAAGGGAUGGGAAUUUUUACCUCCUAUCCUCUCCCCUUUCUGGUGGCUAAAUAUACAGACUGUUGGCAUGGUAACGCAUGCUUAGCACUUUACCUUCAUCCCUGCAUCUCCAUGUCUAACCUUUGAGAGAAGGAACUGCCUUCUGUCUUUUUGAUUCCUAGUCUAAAUGUUCAUUAUCCGGCAUCAAAGUCUCUUUAGACUUCAACCAUUAAAAGUAGGCUUUAGCUGAUUAAUCCAUGUUUUAGGUUGUAGUUACAUCUUUUGUACUGGACUACAAAUCCCAGCUUUUAUAGUGCAUUUUGUCCAUGUUUUGUUACUGCAGUAAUUGUGAUGAUAAGUAUGCCUCUAAUCUAGCAUGUUUGUUCCACUGAAGUCGUGUGACACGUUUACUCUUGCAACUGUGAGGUACACAAUUGUUUACCAUUGAUCAGUUACCUUUCAUAACAUAAUGAAUGUUGACAAACUGCUCAAAAAGCUUUCUUUCUCCUUAAUUUUAACCGCUAAUUCAUACAUUUCUUAAUUUAGUGGCUGUAUCUGCUUGUUCCUGAACUCUGUGGUCCAAGUGUGUCUAAACGGUGAUAUUCCCCCUCACAGAGGCAUGGCCCCGACUACAACAUUACAUCUGUUCAGCCAUUAAGCUGAUGCGAGCACUACCGCUGACCCAGUCACAUUUUAUAGUGAAAAAUGAAAUGACAUUUUGGAAAUGCAAGCCUGAACAAUAUACCUAAGAAUACUGUAUGUGUGAAUAUAGAAUUCUAACGUCUAUACAGAUGUAUUGCUUUUUAUGACAUGUUCUUGCCAGGAUCACAGAGCUGCGAAUCAUCCUAAAUGUGAUAGGAUGAUCUGACUGUUGCUAACCAGACUCAUAGAAGCUCAUGAGCCAUGUGAUGUGCUUUAAGUACAUUCUAAAUGCUUUCAUACUGUUUAAGCUCUUUCAGACAUAACUGUAUGUAAGCUUCUUUCACAUAAUGGUUCACAUGAUCAGCCUCCUCUCUCCUCCUUGCCCACAUAUACCCAUAGGGUUUCCCUGUGGAUUAAGCCAAGUUUCUAUUGUUGUUAUUACUGUAGUUCAGGAUGAAGCUAAACCGUGUCUGACAAAACAGGGCUGUGGAGUUUGACUCUUGCCCCCUGGAAAACUGAUGGCAUUUAACGUCCUCAAUUAGGAAUGUUAGCUGUAACCUCAGCAUAAAUGAUCUAAACGUCCCAAUUCUGAAUGAAGCCAUCCUUGAGAAAUGAUCAAGCUCAUCUGGUGUAUCUAAUGAUAAUGGAUUCAGCUCUUUUUGGAAUGUAUCAAAUGCAAAUCGGAUGUCAAUGCUUUAAGCCAUUCUGAACCCUGCUGAGACUGUUCACCAAGAAAUAGUUUAGAGGUCUAUUUUUUUAGACAACCAUGCAAAAGAGUGUUAUAACAUAGAUUGCCAAAGCCUUAAAGAUUUGGAAAUGGAGAAAUGUGCAUCGCUGGUCUGUCUGAUCUGCAAAAUCAGUAUCAUCAUCAGAGGCUAGACUUUAAUGUUGCCGUCUAACUCCAUGCUAAUUUCUUUCACCAGCAAAACAUUGAAUUGUCUUUUCUGCAUGGAGUGACACUAAACUCUGUGUUUGAGCGCUACUGUCUGGCAGGCAGACCGAUGUCAUGCCGCCUGGAUCAUUCUGCCACAACAGUGCUUGGAGGUGUUCCAAAAAUCAAGAUUAGACAGCUAAGCUCUGUUUUUGUUUGUAUUUUCUGAGUAUUAAGGAACGUACACAUUGGUGGAAGUGUCUAGUAGACAGUUAUACUAAGUUUCUUACCUUCUUAUUACCACAAAAGUACAAUCGAUUUUUGAGAAGUAGGAUAAGUGGUUGUUCAUUCUUUCUGGAACACAUCCAUGUAAAGGAGACAUGCAAGAAGUUUUUACUCUUUAGUAGUUGGGAUGCUAACUAUUGUUGCUGUUGUGUGUGUGUGUGUGUUUUCGAACACAUUUGUGGCUCUGCACUCUCUGAGCAACAUCAUUUUACUGUCUCUUAUUGAACGUUACUGAAACACUAUGACUCUUGAACGUGUACUUUCCUGAUUUCUAUUGUUGUGCAAGACAGAGCUGUUAUUGUUUAGGUUUUCUAUUCAAGGAUGUUUAGGGGAAAACCUUCAAGUAUAUAUGUUUGUGAAAAUUGUCAUAUUUCUCCAGCUGGAAUGAGUACCAAUGUCUUUGGGGUAUUGUUAACUAUUGUCGGUUUCUGUGGCCUAUUGUUGCAGUCAUAUGUGUGUAAGUCCGCCCCUCCCCAGUGGUGUGAUUGGUCCCUGGGGGUUUAUUUAGAAAAGGGGCGGAACUACUUCUAUUUUUCUGAAAUGUCAAAAUAUUAUAUUUACUGGAAAAAGAGACAAAACUAUUUUUUAUCUACACGUUUUACUUUGGUUGUGUAAAUGUUAUUCUAGAUAUUACGUUCGUUUUUUUUAAACAGACUUAGAACUAAUAUGAGGAGCUAAUAAAAUCCUAUUUUGUUCUGUG